UUUAUAUGCGUCAUCAAUUAUAUGUACUCUAAGACCUUGUCGGAAAGCGCCUCUUAUAAAAGUCGUUUGUUGAAGGUCGGGUCUUCACAUUAACUCCAAUGUUAGACCGCUGGGUGAUUUAGUCCUGUCAAAUGUUCAGUGUUAUGGCAGUUUAGUAUACAUCUCAGGAAUAUUAUUGUUUAUGUUGGUGGUUAAAUAGUGGUCAGAAGUGAUGUUUAAGCGACUAGGUCGUUGUCAUUUGAAGUCAUCUCGUGCGCCGCCUGGAAGAGAUAGCACAAGUAAUAAAACUCAUCUGCCAACAAAGUGCACUGCUUGGUUAUUUUCUACUAUCUCUUCAAAGAUUUCAAAUGCACAUGAUAAUCAAGCUAAUAAAAAUAUAGAAACUCAUGAAAUUGAUAAUUCCUGUAAGAUAGAAAAUUGUGGUGAAGUAGUGCAUACAUCUAAUUCUCAGCACGUUAAUGAUACUUCUUGGAAUGUUUCUGGUAAACCUUAUUGUCCUGAACCAGAGCAUAUUAAAGUGCCAUUUGUACAUUUCACGAAAGUGAGAAAUCAAUUCCUAGCUAUUCGUUCCCUGCCACUAUCUCCAUCAGUGAAGGAUCAGCUAAAAUCUCAUUCCUUCAACAAUUGGUUAUAUACAGAUGCUGAGUUAAUCAAUUUUGUUAAAUUUAUGUUUUUGGAUUUAAAUCUCCCGGAAUUAUGUCACUUUUCUAUUGAUGUACUGGAGAACUGGUUGUUUGCGGUCUAUUCACGAUACAACAAUGUACCAUUUCAUAAUUUUAAACAUGCAUUCAUGGUAACACAAAUGAUGUAUUGUAUCAUAAAGACAAUAAAUUUACAAUUGUAUUUAUCUCCAGUGGAUUUGCUUAUCUUGUUAUUCUCUGCGGUAUCACAUGACCUUGACCAUCCAGGUUUUACAAAUUCCUAUCAGGUAAAUGCUGGAUCAUGGCUUGCACUACGUUACAAUGAUAUCUCACCAUUAGAAAAUCAUCAUUGUGUUACAGCCUUUGAGAUUAUUUCCAAUCCAACAACAAAUAUAACCAGUGGAUUAACACAAACUGAAUCACGUCAUUUUCGUAGAUCUGUGAUAAGAUGUAUCCUAAGUACAGAUAUGGCUAUACAUACAGAGUGUAUUUCACAAUUUCAGUAUUUACGACAACAAGUAAUUGCUGUUUCACACAAAUUAACGUCACCAUCAAUGGAGAAUAAUGCUACUACUAAUACACCUAGUGUAAAUCAUGUCGCUACUACUGCCGACGAUGAUGAUGAGGAUGUGGAUGAUGGUAGUACUGAACCUUGUCGACCUAAUCAAUGUUAUUCAGUAUUUCCAUCACCUCAGUUAGCCUCAUUUACGCCUCUUCCUCCUGCUCAUGUUUCGCCUCCUUCAUGUCAGCCUCCACGUCCUACUUCUGUUACUGUUACACAGUUAUUGAGUAAUUCACGUGGAUUAACUUCUCAUGAUCACAAUGAAGUUGAUCAUUGUGAUAAUGAUAAUGAUGAUGAUGAUGAUGAUAAAGAAAGCAGACAACGACGGCAACAACAAGAUGACUCACUUAUCCGCUCUUCAUUAUUUUCAUUGAUCCAUGAACAACCGGAAUACUUACUAAGAUUUUUAAUGAUAUUGCUGAAAGUGUGUGAUGUAUCAAAUGAAACGCGUUCACCAUCAGUUGCUGAUGCAUGGUCAGAUUGUUUAUUCAAUGAAUUUUUUAUGCAGGCGAAUGCAGAAAAACAAGCUGGUCUUCCUGUUGCCGCCUUUAUGGAUCCAGAUUGUGUGGUGAAAUCCACUAGUCAAUUGAAUUUUUUAGAUUCUAUCUUAAUUCCCUUAAUAAAAGAAUUAGUAUAUAUUUUUAGUGAAUUAAAUAUCCUAUUAGAAGCUGUUUUAGGUCGAGUAAAGUAUUUCUCUCAAAUGAGACAACGUGAAUUAGCAGAACAAGAAACGAAUAAUUGUUUACAAACAGAUAUGAAAACUAAAAUGACAACGACAACAGUUAUUUCAAAUUCUUUAUCAUGUAAUCAAAAGUCAGCUUCCAUACGAGCUAAUUCUGUAACCAAUCAUUUAUGCAAUGCUCAAUCUUUUCAACUUUCGAAUAAAGUAGUAUUGGAGACAAAUAAAUCUAUGCCACAUCAACAGCAUAAACAGCAACAUGAAUCAUCAGCAGUUAUGCGUACUGAACAUGCAUAUCCUUUGUCGAACACAUCCUGCUUUAAAUCACCACCACCACCACCAUCAUCGUCAUCAUCAUCAGCAUCUCCAAUAAAAUGUCAACAGCCUCAAACUCCACUUUAUGUGAGUGUACAAUCGUCUAAUAAUUUAAAAAAUAUCACUAUAAUAAAUGAAUCCUCAUUACCGCCGCCGCCGCCGCCACCAACAUCAUCAUCAUCACUGUCAUCUGGACAAUACAAUGAAGAUCAGAGAAAAAGUAGAGAUUUCAUCCAGUAAUAGUAAUAAUUGGCUUUCUUUCUUCUUCUCCAAUUACUUUUUAUUAGCAAAGCAGAAGAUGCGAAAUCACCAGGUAUACAUAUAUAUAUUUGUGUAUUCUAUUCAGCAUUUCUUAUCUCCCUGUUGAUCUUCUCUUUCCUGAGAUAUGAUGCUUUAUUUCUUA